AUGAAACUACCCCCCAACAUCCCCACCGCCCUAAUUCUCACCUUCCUCUUCUCCCUGCAAGUCCCCCUCCGCCUCGCCGCCCCUUUAUCCCACGACAAAUUGUUCCCCAACUCGGAACCCAUCGUGCCCUUAACUCUUCCACAACAACAAAUCCGCUACGAAAGGAUCGAUAACGGACGCAUAGGCACACGACGUACAAGUAAAAGCAACAGGGAUUUUUUCCCCUCUCCCCUUCCUGACUCUCUUGCUGUCGGGCCUGGAUCUACCGGGUCUCCUGUUUACCCACCAGGUCGUCUGCUAGGUCGAUUGCAGAAGCGAAGUGCUGGUGGUGGGAACUUGGACUCAAACUCAAACUCAAAACCAAACUCAUCGUGGGAUACCGCUGCCGCCUCCGCUGUUGUUACCAUUACCCAACUGAGCCAACUAAGCCAGUUAAACCAGCUCAAAAGAGGAACCAAACUACCACCAUCGAACCCCAGCAGCAGAAUUAGCAGCAGACCAGGCCGCAACCCCCACAAACCCCUAGAACUUAAACACCUCUUCGCGCACUCCUACCACUCCGCCACCGGCCGGGGCGUACUCACCGAGUCAGCCGAUGACGAUCUCAACCUCUUCUCCAAUGACGGGCUGGCACCACAGAGCCUCCUGAAAAUGAUGACGUUCGAACCGACGAUUACCAUCAAUAGCACGAGUAUCGAGCGUCGUGGUCCCGGUGCUUGGCUAGGCCCGGGUGCGGGGUCGUAUCUUGCUGCUAUGAGUAUUGGGGGUGCGACUCCUCGGCCGCGGUCACGGUCAGGGGAAGCUUCUUCGUGGGAAAGAAUGGAGAGGAGAGCUGGUGGGUGGGAGGGGGACGACAGUGAAAGUGAGAGGGGGAGCGCAGAUGAGAGCGAGGGAGUUUCAUGA